AUGGAUUUCCUAACAGAAUAUGCCUACAAUAAAACGUACUAUGGCAAUGGGACAGGGGUGGUCAACAUCACAGAAUAUGUGGAGAAGCACCGGUACAACUAUUAUGCUAUGCUCCUUACAUUGCUCAUCUUCAUCAUCGUCUUUGGCAACAUACUGGUGUGCAUGGCCGUCUCCAGGGAGAGGGCACUGCAGACCACCACCAACUAUCUGAUCGUGAGCUUGGCUGUGGCAGACCUGCUGGUGGCCACCCUCGUCAUGCCCUGGGUGGUCUUCCUUGAGGUUGUAGGAGAGUGGCGGUUCAGCAAAAUCCAUUGUGACAUUUUUGUCACCCUAGAUGUCAUGAUGUGUACAGCAAGCAUUCUGAAUCUCUGUGCCAUUAGUAUUGACAGGUAUACAGCUGUAGCCAUGCCAAUGUUGUAUAACACCCGGUACAGCUCAAAGAGAAGGGUCACAGUAAUGAUCUCUGCUGUCUGGGUUCUGUCUUUUGCCAUAUCCUGCCCCCUGUUGUUUGGAUUAAAUAACACAGCAACCCGCGAUGAUGCCCUCUGUGUAAUUGCAAACCCUGCUUUUGUGCUGUACUCCUCUAUUGUGUCUUUCUACGUUCCCUUCAUCACCACCCUGCUGGUGUACAUCCAGAUCUAUGUCGUCCUUCGCAAACGACGGAAAUGUGUCAACACGAAGAGGAGUACCCAGAGGACAGAUGCAGAGGCAAAUCAUGCUCUUGAGGAGAAGUGCACGAACGUGGAGGAUGUGAGAUUGUGCACUGCAAUUGUAAAGUCAAAUGGCGGGUUUCCACUCAAAAAUAAAAAAGUGAUCCUUAUUCAAGAGGCAGUACAGCACAGCAAUGGUAUGGAGCUGGAUUUGAUGAGCAGCACCAGCCCUCCGGAGAAGAAGAAGCUAACCCCAACAGCUGCCAGCCACCAGCUGUGCACGCCUGAUUUCUCAAACCCUUGCCCAAGCUCCACCCUGGCCUCCCCAGCCAUGAGCCGACUCAGUGCCAAGAGCGGCCACGCAAAAGAUACUCCCAAAGCUGCCAAAGCAUUUGAAACUGAGGCCUUGCCCAAUGGCAAAACUCACACCUCAAUCAAGACUCUGAACAAGAGAAAGAUUUCACAGCAUAAGGAAAAGAAGGCAACUCAGAUGCUGGCUAUUGUCCUGGGUGUUUUUAUUAUAUGCUGGUUGCCAUUCUUCAUCACGCACAUUUUAAACACUCAUUGCACAACCUGCAGCAUUCCAGCAGAGAUGUACAAUGCUUUCACCUGGCUGGGCUACGUCAACAGCGCAGUCAAUCCCAUCAUAUAUACCACUUUCAACAUCGAGUUCAGAAAAGCUUUCAUCAAGAUAUUGCACUGCUGA